AAGAUGUAACCGAGUGACAGUGUGAUUGAGUUUGGCUGUCAUAAUCUCUCUCUCAUCCGAAAAUGUCACUCACCUUGCAAACUCCGCCUUCUACAACUCUCUCUUCUGCAUCUCCCAUUCACAGAACAAUAACAAGAUACACCACAUUCUCCUUCUCGCUUCGUCCUCCAACAACUCUUCACUUCAAUCCCCACAGGUCCCUCCCUCUAAUUCGCGCUUCCAAUUCUUCUAUCAAUGCCGCUUCGACCACUGAACUGGACGCUGUGUCCGCCUUCAGCGAGAUCGUUCCCGACACCGUCGUUUUCGAUGAUUUCGAAAAGUUUCCUCCAACUGCUGCUACUGUUAGUUCAUCGCUUCUCUUGGGAAUAUGUGGCCUUCCAGACACCAUUUUUAGGAAUGCUGUGGAAAUGGCUUUAGCUGAUUCUGAGUGUUAUGGACUUGAAAAUCCUAACGCGCGAUUGUCUUGUUUUGUCAACAAGGCUUUCGCGAAUAUCGGUAGUGACAUGGCAAAGCUUGUCCCUGGCCGUGUUUCGACAGAAGUGGAUGCGCGGCUUGCUUAUGACACACAUGCCAUUAUCAGGAAGGUGCAUGACCUGUUGAAGUUGUACAAUGAUAGCAAUGUACCUCCGCAACGUCUGUUGUUUAAAAUUCCUUCCACUUGGCAAGGAAUAGAGGCUGCAAGGUUGCUGGAAUCCGAAGGCAUACAGACACAUUUGACCUUUGUCUACAGUUUUGCUCAAGCUGCAGCUGCAGCUCAAGCUGGUGCUUCUGUCAUUCAAAUUUUUGUUGGUCGCAUAAGGGAUUGGGCACGUAAUCAUUCUGGUGACACAGAGAUAGAAUCUGCUCAGCUAAGAGGAGAGGAUCCAGGGUUGGCAUUGGUGACAAAAGCUUACAAUUAUAUUCACAAAUAUGGACAUAAGUCAAAGUUGAUGGCAGCAGCAGUUCGCAACAAACAGGACCUAUUUAGUCUUCUGGGGGUUGACUAUAUCAUAGCUCCUUUAAAGGUAUUGCAGUCUCUCAAAGAAUCUGUUGCUUCUCCUGAUGAGAAGUACUCUUUUGUUAGGAGGUUAUCCCCUCAGUCUGCUGCCAAGUACACAUUUAGUGAUGAAGAGCUUGUUAGAUGGGACGAAGAUAGCCUCUCAAAGGCCAUGGGGCCUGCAGCUGUGCAGCUUCUGGCUGCUGGACUGGAUGGCCAUGCUGAUCAAGCAAAGCGGGUGGAAGAGUUAUUUGGGAAAAUUUGGCCACCACCAAAUGUAUGAUUCGACGACUUCUUUAUGUCGCACGAGAGUCUUUUGCCUGAUGGAUCAAUAAACAUAAUACACGACUGAUGAAGGGAAUAUUUCGUUGGUUUUCUUUCCCUCUUAACCAUGAAGUCUUGAACAAUUUCCUUAAUGUGAAGCACGCGGUUCCUAAAUGCACAUUUUGUUAUUUUUCUCUUUCGUUUGUUGCAGUUGCAUUUGUCUUAUUGACUGUCUAUCUAUGGUUAUUCUCUAAGUAAGGUCGGAUACUCGUACAAACUAAGGCCGUAGGUAGGGUCGGUCAAAACCCGGCCUUUCCAGUGUUACCUAUUGACCAGGCCUGGACAGCAGUUAAUUGGGUCACACUUGGGCUGGCUUUGUCGAAGCACAUAAAAUGAUUGGCAAUUGCUUCCUGCA